AUGUGUGGGAUUUUAGCAGUUUUGGGUUGUUCUGAUGAUUCUCAAGCAAAAAGGGUUCGAGUACUGGAGCUUUCCCGCAGGCUGAAGCACCGUGGUCCUGACUGGAGUGGGCUGUACCAACAUGGAGACUGUUAUCUGGCCCAUCAACGCCUUGCCAUCAUUGAUCCUGCUUCCGGUGACCAACCUCUCUUCAAUGAAGACAAAAGUGUUGUUGUCACGGUGAAUGGAGAGAUUUACAACCAUGAAGAACUGAGGAAGAAGUUGGCAAACCACAAGUUCAGAACUGGCAGUGAUUGUGAUGUUAUUGCCCAUCUGUAUGAGGAGUAUGGGGAAGACUUUGUGGACAUGUUGGAUGGAAUCUUCUCAUUUGUGCUGCUGGAUACCCGUGACAACAGUUUUAUUGUUGCACGUGAUGCUAUUGGGGUCACCUCCCUCUAUUUUGGCUGGGGACUUGAUGGUUCGGUUUGGAUAUCUUCGGAAUUGAAAGGUUUGAAUGAUGACUGUGAACACUUUGAGACCUUUCCUCCUGGCCAUUUGUACUCCAGCAAAUUAGGAGGAUUUAGGAGAUGGUACAACCCACCAUGGUUCUCUGAGGCCAUUCCAUCAGUUCCAUAUGACCCUCUUGUUCUCAGACGUGCAUUUGAAAAUGCCGUGAUCAAAAGGCUGAUGACCGAUGUGCCUUUUGGAGUUCUGUUAUCCGGAGGGCUUGAUUCAUCAUUGGUUGCUUCUAUCACAGCUCGGUACUUGGCUGGUACCAAGGCUGCCAAACAUUGGGGAACACAGCUCCAUUCUUUCUGCAUCGGCCUAGAGGGUUCACCAGACCUGAAAGCUGCAAGGGAGGUUGCAGACUAUCUGGGCACUGUUCAUCAUGAGUUUCACUUCACUGUUCAAGAUGGAAUUGAUGCCAUCGAAGAUGUCAUAUACCAUAUUGAAACCUAUGACGUGACCACAAUCAGGGCAAGCACUCCUAUGUUUCUGAUGUCACGAAAGAUCAAGUCACUAGGAGUGAAGAUGGUUAUUUCUGGUGAAGGCUCUGAUGAGAUUUUUGGUGGAUAUUUGUACUUCCACAAGGCACCAAAUAAGGAAGAAUUCCACCGUGAAACAUGCCGCAAGAUCAAGGCCCUCCACCAGUAUGAUUGCUUGAGAGCUAACAAAGCAACAUCUGCAUGGGGAUUGGAGGCUCGAGUCCCCUUCUUAGACAAAGAAUUUAUCAGUGUUGCCAUGGCUAUAGACCCUGAAUCGAAGUUGAUCAAUAAGGAUCAAGGACGCAUUGAGAAGUGGGUUCUUAGAAGGGCCUUUGAUGACGAAGAGCGUCCCUACCUGCCAAAGCACAUCCUGUACAGACAGAAAGAACAGUUUAGUGAUGGUGUUGGUUAUAGUUGGAUCGAUGGUCUCAAAGCCCAUGCUGCCCAACACGUGACGGAUAAAAUGAUGCUUAAUGCUUCUUACAUCUUCCCUCACAACACCCCUACUACAAAAGAAGCCUACUACUACAGGAUGAUUUUUGAGAGGUUCUUCCCUCAGAACUCCGCUAGAUUGACUGUCCCUGGAGGAGCUAGUGUAGCAUGCAGCACUGCUAAAGCUGUUGAGUGGGAUGCUGCCUGGAAGAACAACCUUGACCCUUCAGGCAGGGCUGCCUUGGGGGUCCAUCUCUCCGCUUAUGACGCAGAGACAACUCUGAGCAACGUGCCAUCCAAGGUUAUUGAUAGUAUACCAAGGAUGAUGGAACUUCCAGGGGUUGCCAUACAAAGUUAG